UUCCGGGUGGCCCUGAGCUCUGGAGGACUGUGGUCUCCAGCCCGGGAGAUGCUGCUUCUGCAGGUGCCAGACCACAGGCCCCACCUCAGAAGAUCCAGGUCAUAAGAUUUCCAGGCUUGGGAGAUAGAAAAGCCCAGGUCACCUGCAUGUCCUUCAGUGUGAAGAAUUGUGUCUACUUCAUCUCUGCCUCUCACCUCGACUUGGAGCUUUACAGGAAGAUCCAUGGCCUCAGCCCCAACUAACAAGAGGAAGAGAGAGGAAGCAACAUGCUCCAUCUGCCAGCAGCCCAUGACAGAGCCUGUGAGCUUCGACUGUGGGCACAGCUUCUGCCACCAGUGCAUAGAGGGCAGCAUUGAAGAGCAACAAGAGACAUCAGGGGAACAACCAGGGAUAUCAGGGGUGCAACCAGGGAGGAAGAGACCGAGAUGGGGGAGAUGGGCCUCUGACUAUCGUUUGCUUCGGGCAUCAAUGCGUGAGGAAGUUAUCGGGCAUUUAGAUGAAUACAUCAAUGCAGCUGGCAAGGAGUUAGAGGGUGAGAGGCUGUGUGAGGAACAUGGGGAGAAGCUGUGCCUGUACUGUGAGGACACCGGGCAGCUCAUCUGCAGUGGCUGUGCACAGUGCCCCGAGCACAGCGGACACAACCAUGUCCUUGCUGAAGAUUUGUGUCUGCGCUCCAAGAAAAAACUCCAGGAAGCUGUGACAAAACUGAGAGAACUGUUACACCAGUCUAGGAGUAUGAAGUUGAGCACAAGAGAACAAACAAGGGAAUGGCAGGACAUGAAAGACACCGUGACCAGGAGUUCAGUCGCAGAGUCUGCGUCUUCAGAGCCUCACACUGACCGCAAGGAUUCUGAGCUCCACUGUGAUGAGAGCAAAAAAUUAAAGACUGACGAAGGAGGAGCUUGGGCCUCAGUUCCUGCUGCCAAGAGGAUAAGGAUGGAAGCCAUGUGCCCCAUCUGCCAUGAGCUAACGACGGAUCCUGUGAGCUUCUCCUUUGGGCACAGCUGCUGCCACGGGCACAUUGUGGGCAGUGUUAAGGAGCAACAAGAGGAAUCAUUGUGGAGCUUGGACUGUCCUUCGUGUCAGGCAGACUUGGAGAUGGACAGAGACCUGCUUAGAACACUAGAUCGCAUUGAAGUGGAACUGGAGCUGGAGCAUGAGAGGCCAUGGGAGGGUCACGGGAACCAGCCCCACCAGGUCAGUGAGGACACCGGGCAGCUCAUGUGCAGGGGCUCUGCGUGGUCCCCCCAGUACAGCGGACACAACCAUCUUGUCAAAGCUACGGGUCCAGGCUCCGAGGAAAAUCGCCGGGAGGCUGAGACAAAACUGUUAGAACUGUUAGAUCCGUCUAAGAUUGAGAAGUUGGUGUCAAGUGAACAAACAAGAGAAUUGGAGGAAAAAAUCCAGGAGGCUAAGACAAAACUGAGAGAAUUGUUAGACCAGUCUAAAGGUCAGAAGUUGAAGUCAAAAGAACAAAGAAGAGAACAGGAGGAAAAACUCCAGGAGGGUGUGACAAAACUGAGAGACCUGGUAGACCAGUGGUUGAGUCUGAAGUUGAAGUAUAGAGAACAAAGAAGAGAAUGGGAGGAAAAUCUCCAGGAUGCUAUGAUGAAACUGAGAGACCUGUUAGUCCAGUCUAAGAAUCAGAAGUUGAAGUCCGGAAAACAAAUAUGUGAAUGGGAGGAAAAACACCAGGAUUCUACGAGAAGACUGAGAGAACUGUUAGACCUGAAUCUGAGUGAGAAUUUGAAGUCAUUUGAACAAGAGGAAAAACUCCUGGAGACUAGGACAAAAGUGAAAGAACGGUUAGACCAGUGGUUGAGUCAGAAGGUGAAGUCAAGAGAACAAACAAGAGAACAGGAGGACGUGAAAGACACCUUGAAAAGGUCUAGGAGUUCAGUCCCAGAGUCCGUGUCUUCGGAGCCUCACACUGACUGCAACGAUUCUGACCUCCACUGUGAGGAGAGGAAAAGGUUAAAGACCGACGAAGGAGGAGCCACGGCCUCAGCCCCUGCAGCCAAGACAUCAGGAGAACAACCAGGAACAUCAGAGGAGCAGCCAGGGACGUUAGGGGAGCAAUCAGCGAGUAGGAGAUGUCCCUUCUACCAUCCUUCGAUUCAGCAAUCAGUUAUUAAGGAGUUUUUGCAGCGUUUAGAUGAAGCCAUCAGUGCAGCCCCCAAGGACGUAGAGGGUGAGAAGCUGUGUGAGAUACACGCAGUGCGGCUCCGCCUGUUCUGUGAGGACACCGGGCAGCUCAUCUGCAAGUUCUGUGCCCGGUUCCGCAAGCACAGAGGACACAAACAUGUCCGCGCCAAAAAUGCCUGUCUGCGCUCCAAGGAAAAACUCCAGGAGGCUGUUACAAAACCAGGGGAACAGGGAGACCAAUGUGACAGUCUGAAGUUGAGCACAGGAGAGCAAACAAAGGAAUUGGAGGACAUGAAAGACACCUUGACCAGGAGUUCAGUCCCAGAGUCCGCGUCUUCAGAACCUCACAUUGACUGCAAUGAUUCUGAGCUCCACUGUGAUGAGAGCAAAAAGUUAAAGACUGACAAAGGGGAACAACCAGAGACAUCAGAGGAGGAUCUAGGGACGUCAGACGAGGACUCAUGGAUAUCAGACGAGGAUUCAUGGAUAUCAGACGAGGAUUCAUGGAUGUCAGACGAUGAUUCAUGGAUGUCAGACGAUGAUUCAUUGAUGUCAGAUGUGGAGCCAGGGACAUCAGAUGAGGAGCUAGGGACAUCAGACGAGGAGCCAGGGACGUCAGACGAGGAACCAGGGAUACCAGACAAGGAACCAGGGACAUCAGAGGAGGAACCAGGGAAAUCAGAGGAGGAAUCAGGGAAAACAAGUCAGCGUGACUCUGGAUGAAGAUACAGCUCAUGAUGACAUAACUCUGUCUGAGAACCAGAGAGAAGUGACUUAUAGACAGAACCUUAAGAAGAAGCUUCACACUACCAGGACGUUUAGAGUGUGACCCUGUGUCCUGAGCUGUGAGGGCUUCACCUCAGGGAGACAUUACUUUGCAAUGGACAUGGGAGAAGGAGCUGAGUGUGAUUUGGGAGUUUGUCUGGAGAAUGUGCCCAGGGAUGUAGAGGGGAUGCUGGAGCCUCAGUCUGCUUUCUGGGCCAUCAAAUGCACAAACAAUGACCACAUUCCCCUGACUGGUCCUGCACCCUCUCUUCUUCCUCAGAACCCAUGCCAGAUUUAGGGGUCUUUCUGGACUGUGAGGCUGGACAUGACAGCUGGCUCCCACAUAGAAACUUUUGCAUAGGCCUCCUUCCGUGAUACUUUCUGAGCCUUUUACAGGGUUAGUCAUUCUUCUUUAUUCCUGCCUCCACCAGAAACAUAGGAAAAGAGUAAAAUCUUUGGUUUACUCUUGGUUGAACCUUCCUUUAACCCUCAGAGGGACAACGACCAGACUUAGCGAGUCUAUUGGGCAACAAUGGAGUGACGUGAGAGAGAUUUACAGAGGUUACUGCGAGGGUCUCAGUGAGGGGGAGAUUAUGAGUGAAUAGGAAGUCUGUUGACGUCUCAGUAGGAAAAAAGUUGCUCUAUGCCAGACUCUGCUAGUGCCAGUUAUCUUGAAUUAUUAGAAAAUCUCACACAUACAUUCGUGACAUUGUUCAUAGUCUUUUCAUGAUAAAGAUAUGAUCAUAUAGGCCUUUGUCACACCUAAAUUUCCUGACCUGAUUUGGGAAAGGACAGCAGCACAGUGGUGUAGUCAGCCUGGUCACAAAGCAUCAAUGAUGACAGAAUAAAAAGUCACUGAGUGGACCUCCCCGGUGGUGCAGUAGUUGAGCGCUGGGUUGCAAAGCUACCCGCAGCCUCUGCAGCGCCGGUUCUAUCCCCGGCUGCUCCCCGGCCACCGGAGGAGGGUCCCACCUGGUGCGCAGACCUCUCCUGCCACCCGCUGCUCCCCUCAGCAGUGUACUUCGGUCCUUCUGCCUGCUCUGCUCCCCACUCUGGCUCUGGUGAAUUCUCUCACCUCUUGCCCUUCUGACUGUACCCAGUGCUUGUAUAAAU